AUGAAACUUCAACAAAUCUAUCAUUCAUUCUUAUGGAAAAUUAAAAAAAAAAAUUUUUUUCCAAAUUUUAUUGAUCAACAAUUAUUUUUGAGUUGCCUUAGUGAAUUUAUUGGUACAUUGAUAUUAAUGAUUAUUGGAUUAGGUAAUAUGUUACAUAAUACUACUAAUAAUAGUAAUGAUAUAUCCAUUGGAUGGUCUAUAGGAUAUAUAUUAUCACAUAUUAUAACUAAUCCUAUAGGUUAUAAUAGUAUCAUGAAUCCAUCGAUAACAAUGGCAUUAGCUAUCAUUCAUCAAUUACCAUUUCAUUAUAUAAUACCAUUUACUAUGAUACAAUUCAUUAGUUCAUUAUUAUCCAGUUUGAUCAUAUAUUUUAUAUAUUAUAAAAAUAUGAUUAAUACUACUAUUACUACAACUACCAAUACUACUACUACUACUAAUUUUGCUACUACUAAUUAUACUACUGAAUUCGAUUAUAGUAAUAUAAUUUUAUUGAAUCAAUUUAUUACCACACCAUCUGUAUCUCAUUAUAUCUGUUUUAUAGAUCGUUUAUUAUUAAGUAUGAUUACAAUUAUAUUUAUAUUAAUAAUACGUGAUAAAAGAAGAAAUAAUAAUAAUCAUAAUAAAAUUAAAAAAAAUUAUCAAAUUAUUUAUAUUGCAUUAUAUACAAUUGGACGAAUUAGUUCCUUGUCAAUGAAUGCUGGUACAUCCAUUAAUCCAAUACGUGAUUUAGGGCCAAGAAUAAUUAUUGCAUCAUUUGAAUUAGGUUUAGAUGCAUUCAAAAAAGAUCAUUAUUAUUUUUGGAUUCCAAUUGUAGCACCAUAUAUUGGUUGUAUUAUUGGUGCAUUACUUUAUGAAUUAUUAAUUGGUACUUAUUUAAAUCAAAAAGUAAUGAAUAAAUUACAAAAAACUAUAGAAAUAUCAUCAUCAUCAACAUCCCAAUCACCAUCAUUGUCAUCAUCAUCCAGAUCAUCGUCAUCAUAA